AUGUCUGGCAUUGAGAUUAUUCCGGUAAUCACCGGCGCGGUGAAAAUGGGCAAGGAGAUAGCGGACAUUGGGCUCUCCGUUCGUGGCAUGCAUCGGGACGCUCAGGCAUGCACAAGAUUGGCCAAUCAAAUCAAGCAUGACAUUGAAUAUGCUCAAAUUCUCCUCAACACCUCGAGAGAUCUGAUCUGCGACCACGAAGGCAUGCUCAGCUGGAUUACCGGAACAAUCUCCGAAACCAACGACACACUCGCCAGGUACAACGGCUAUAUCCCGGAAGAAAACGACAAGGGUGCAGCUCUGAAAGCCUUGAUGGAAAAUGAGCGGAAAUGGGAAGAAUGGGGCAAGGCUCUCGGAGCAAACCAUUCUUCCCUCAUGGCGGCAGUCAACGUCAUGCACCAGCUCAAGUUGACGCUGAAACCGAAGCCGAAGCCGAGCUGGGCAAGCAACAUGCCUCCCGAUUUCUAG